AGCCCUCCAGCUAGCUACAUUAGCUUACGUUUCGAAAGAAGAAUAUUGACAACUUCCCACCUCAUGAUGGCGGGCGUUUUAUCUUGGUAGAUGGUCCAGUGGCAGUCCCGGUGCCCAGUGGUUGUUUGGUUUAGUCUCAACCGGCAGUCGUCAUGGCGGAGGAGGAGGAUUUAUUACCAAACCUCCUGACUGAGGAGGUGAAACACGGCAAUGGCGACUUCGUAGCUCCAGAGGGUUUAUGCUGGGUGUCAGUGCUGUCCUGUCUGCUGCUCGCUUGUUCUUAUGUUGGGAGUCUGUAUGUGUGGAGGAGUGACCUGCCGAGGGAUCACCCUACUGUCAUAAAGAGACGCUUCACCAGUGUCAUGAUCGUGUCGUGCCUGUCGCCUCUCUUUGUGUGGGCGUGGAGAGAAUUCACAGGUGUCAGGACUGGCCCACCGUUACUGGCUCUCAUGGGGAUCCGGUUUGAGGGCCUCAUCCCUGCCAUUGUACUUCCCCUGGUGCUCACCAUGGUCCUGUUUCUGGGCCCCCUUAUGCAGUUGGCAAUGGACUGUCCCUGGAGCUUCAUGGAUGGGAUCAGGGUAGCCUUUGACCCGUGGUUCUGGAUGUUGUGUUUCAGUGACAUGCGCUGGUUGAGGAAUCAGGUGGUGGCACCGUUAACGGAGGAGCUGGUGUUCAGGGCCUGCAUGCUGCCCAUGUUGGUGCCCUGUGCUGGCCCUUCUAUUGCCAUCUUCACCUGCCCUCUCUUCUUCGGAGUGGCUCACUUCCACCACGUCAUCGAGCUGCUGCGCUUCAGACAGGGGACGCUGUCAGGCAUCUUCCUCUCUGCAGUGUUCCAGUUCUCCUACACAGCAGUGUUUGGGGCCUACACUGCCUUUAUCUUCAUCCGAACAGGUCACCUGAUGGGCCCAGUCCUCUGCCACUCCUUCUGUAACUACAUGGGUUUCCCCGCCAUCAGCACAGCCCUGGAGCAUCCCCAUCGCCUCACCGUCCUCUCCUCCUACAUGCUCGGGGUCCUCCUCUUCCUCCUCUUCCUCUUCCCCUUCACCGACCCCUCCUUCUACGGCCUCCCCACACCGGUCUGCACACUUACCUCUUUCCCCAGCUCCCUCUGCCUUUCCUGAUCACUCACCCAACCCCAAACACACACACACAUACACACACAUUUGAUGAAGCAGUAGAGGGUGUUUUUUUUUUUUUUUUUGCCAAGUUAGAGAUCAGGUCAGGUCUAGUUUGGACCGACAGCGCUGACAGCCAUGUGGGGCUACUUUUGCCACGGAGAGGUGUGGAGCCAUUUCCUACGGUCUGUGGACCCUCGAUAUGUCAAGACAUUUACACGACAUACGUAAGUGAAUCAGCUGAAGCUCUGACACAGAACGACUCUGUUUGGGUCGGUGCGAUUCACCGUCUGCUUUUCCGAGGACAGAUUCUAAAGUAAUCGUGGGGCCACGCCACCACCCACAAAUGUGAUUGUAGUGUAGAUAUGCGCAACACGGAAGCACCGUUCCUCCUCAGAUCCUCUUACGCUGGUAGAUCUCAUCGACUUCUGAUGAAGCGUCAUAAUAUACCAUUUUGGUGUACUCAGUUUCCACUCAGCCUGCCUCGUCUUUUUAAAGGAUAAUUUCAGUUUAUUUUCACGUUGGUUUUAUUUUUUGUAGUUUUAGGCCAUCGUUCAGUCGUUGGCUGUAAUACCAGUGUAUUACAAUGGUAAUCAGUAUUGGUCAAACUUAAAGUUCUCUAGUUAUUAUCAAAAUUUCAGAUGAGCUCAUUUUCAGUUUGAACUCCAAAUAAAGUGGUUUUGAUGAUCUAGCUAAUCAUAAAAUCGGUUUUUGCUUUGGGACUGGUCUUGAUUGAAGUACUGGGUUUCAGGCAGGGUUAGGGGCCAUUUUGCUAAGUAAACCUUUUGGUUUGGGUUCACUUUGGGUUAUUUUAAAAUGGUCAGCUAAAAUGAUCAGCUACCAACGAAACACAGCCCUUACCACAAACUUAGCGUGUCUUGUGUUAGGAUUCUUGUUCAACGGAAACUGCUGUAGCUGCACUGGAGCACGGGAAUGAACCAGUAGGGCAAAAUGGUUGCAGGAAUACGAUCUAUGUCACAAAUAGGUUUUUUUUUUAUGUUAUAUUUUUAACGGUGACAUUUCAGAUGGAUUUCUUCUUUAUCUGAAUUCAGACUCCAGGACUUUGCUGUUGUAGAGAAUCAUUUUUGCUUGAGUCGGCCAUUGUUCAGUAGGUGAAGAGAUAUAUUAAUGGUUAUUUAUAUACCUCUGCAUGUUUCAGUGCUGGUAGUUUGUUAUUUUGUUGGUGAAGGUGGGUGAUGGGAUAGUUUAUCGGGGGGAGGGUGGGGGGGGGGGGGGGGGUCGCACUGUUCCUAAUGCCUGAAACAUACUCUAUGUAAGUCCACAGGGCUGCUGUGACAGUUUUAAACAACCAAAUAUGAGCACAAAUCAAAGCAGAUAGUUUAGAAGUCACAACCUCCAUCAGUCGCAAACCUGUUUGCUGACACUUACCUACCGGGCGAAGCAGGCGACUGCUCUGGGAGCCUGAAAUCCCCAAGCUCAUUGAGUGGGUUGGGUUACGUUAAUUUGUGCUGCUUAUAGUGUUUUUUCCACACCUGUUGGGUUCGCUUAAAACGAACCCUGGACUGUUUAGGGUGCUCUGACGAGGGUCUUGAACUGUGCCUGUACACUCUGUGUACUUUGGUACUGAACCCAAUGUAAAGUGCGUGACAAAUGGUUGCCUUGGUCCAGACCGAAUACACCAAACUACAGGUGUGAAAGUGUCUAAAACUACAGUAGUAACAGAGGCCUGUCUUCUGAAGGUGCUGCCUUUAAACUCCGAUUAAACAGCGACAUAUUUUCAGACAUGAUAAGUGUCUGUGUUCGUGUCCUUACACAGAGUAUGUUUUGGUCGUAAAGCUGGAUAUUGAUAAAUGUGCUUUUUCAUUCCAUUCCAGACGUCGUUUUCAUAGGCGCUCACGGUUUCUAAACCAGUCACUAUUAAAACUUUGGUUCUACGAUUUUUUAGGUUGUCUUUUACACAGUACAUCUGCUCCCAUUCUCUUUUACUUCCGUUAUAUAAUGCUACUAAUUGAAGGGAGCGCAAGACCCCAACCCUCAGGUGUAGUUUAAUAGAGACAACAAAUGCUCUAGCCACUGCAUGGCAUGCUGCUACUUGAUAUUUUUAAUAUAGAGCCAGGAAAAGUCAUUUGUGUCUCCACAUUUACACAAACUUGAACGACUGUUCUCUGUUUUUGGAAACACAACUUUUGCCGUAAUUUUCCAUGCUACCAAGAUUUGACACUGUGGCAGCUGUCGCUCUUUCCAGAAAUUUAAUUUGAAUGAAUUAGUAAGAGCACCUCUUUUGAGGAACCCCUGUGUUUCUACAACAGGAACCAGGGUCUAAACUAAGUUCUGGGAGGAGAUCAUUUUAAUACCCCCCCCCCCCCCCCCGCCAAAAAAAAAGUCCCCUGCUUUUUCCAAAAGUUCAGGAACUUUUUGGGGUGGGCCUCGCAGUGCGAAAACGUUGCUGACAGGUCAAGUAUGCUAACAUUUUCCCCAACAUUGUUAUGCACCUGGCACUUUUAAAAAAACAAAACAAAAAAAAACAAAACUGCAAACACGUACUUGUAGUUUGUGGUUUACUGUCACCAGAAUGGAGCAGCCCAAGAGAUUUAUAUAUAGUUUUAUAUGUCAUCAUCAUUCUGUUUUGUCAAAUCGUGCUUCAUAGUUUGCUGGAUAUUUUACCUCUAUGGAAGUGCUUGGACAUGAGUUCUUGGGAAACUGAGACUUUUGUUGGAAAAGCAUCACAAACUAACGGGUGACUUCAGAUUUGUUGUGGUUCUGUAAGGUAGUUGUACUUUGAAAAGGCGGCAAAUGACAAUUUUUUUGUUUCGAUGCAUGGAUCAGAUCGUUUGGUAUCUUGGUUAUCUGUCCACCGUGGCUAAUAUUUAGUCUUAAAGGUGCCCUGUGUACUGGUUUUAAGCUUUUCCACUGAUGGCAACAAGGCCGGAAGAAACAGCAACAUGCUAACAUCAAAGCCAGGGAAGGAGAAGACUGCUAACUAGAAAACAUGGAUGUAAACAAAGCAGGAAGGAAAAUACAUUCAGCACUUAUGUUAGCGCUGAACAAUACCUGCAAUGUGUUUUGGUGAGAGAUACUGAAUUCAAACAGAUCUCUCUUUGUUUACAAGAAAACUCCACAGGGGCACCUUUAACAUAGAGGACAACCAAAGCCUCGUUGGCCUAUAAGACAAGGGCACAUAAUUAUACCCCACAUUCUAAUACUACUUUUAAUUAACAAUUAACAAUCAACAGAGACAGUCCUAAAUUGGAACCAGACCUAAAAAAGUGAGCUUUCAGUUUUCAUUUUACUUAGACAUUUGGUUUUUGGACAGUUGUACGCGCCAGACUUCUGUGCAAUCUUGUUAUAUUCACAUGCUCUGGAAGGAAUUUCUGGGUACAUCACUGACUUUUUUUUUUUCUUUCAAUGUUGUUAUUUGAUUUUUGAGUGGAAUCAUGGGCACAACCAGGCGGCAUUUCUUGCUGUGAAACAACUGAACUGUUGACACGCUUGAUGAGCAUUGUGAUUGACUCCCUCUCACGCUACUUGUUGAAGCCAUUUAUAGCUUAAAGUUGGCGACAUUUAAGGCACUUGAAUCAUCCAAGAGUGAUAGAAAGAACUCAAAAUGGCAAAAACACUAUAAGCUAUACUCAUACUGUGAAGGAGAGGUGGGCUGCUUUGUGUCUUCAGCAAUAAAUUCUGUAUGUGGGGAAGUUUUUGGGUUUAUUUUAUGUUACUGAGCAGUUAAGGAGUAGACUCUGGAUAAAACAGGGCCAUAUAUAUAUUCUGGACAGUUAAAUAAUUUUUGGCAGUUCAUUGUUGAAGUUUACAAACCCUUGGCAGGUAGCAUAUUUUGAUGUGUGUUGUACUGUACUUACCUGAAGCUGCCAGCAGAGGCCAUCAGAGCACUUUGUGGGAGGUAGAGCUGCUGAGGGGAAGCGAGGACCUCUCAGUUCUGUUUUAUCAGCCUGUCUGACAUCAGUCAUCCAUCACUGGAAAACCAAUUCACUCUUAACUUAUUUUUCCUUUAGCUUCCUUACGCAGUUUAACCCCAAUAGAGGAGACUGGUGCAGAGUGGAGGAAGCCUGUGGUGAGACUCUCACUGAUGCUAGUUUCCUAGUUUUUCGUCACUUCUGCCCUCCAUACGCUUUUUUUUUUUUUCUGAACUUCUCUGUGUUUUCUUUCCUCCUAAUCUCGGCUAUGGUUAUGGUGCUCCAAAUUGAUCAUGGAGAAGUUAAAAUACACCUCUACUUCGAACCUACUUGAAGUCGCUAUGUGUGAAUUUUAUGAUACGUGUAAUAAUAGCAUCAGGCUUUUCCCUAGCGUUGUGGAUCCUCCCCAUUAUUUGAAGAAAAACCAAACAUUUUCACAUCAUUUUGGACCAUUAUCAUUACAAUAUUUACAAGAACUACACGGGUUGCUUCCAAAAGAUACACAAAGGCAAAUGGACUUGCUUGAGGUUCUUGAAGUUAUUUCACCUCCCAUCCAAAAGACUUCUUCAGUUCUGACGGACUGGUAGGGAAUCCAGGUAUUUACCUAGAAUCGUUGAGGUCACAUGAGUUGUUGUCCCAAGUCGUCGACCCCACAAUAAAGUAAAUACCUGAAUUCCCCACCAGAUGAGAGAUAAAAGGUCUUCUGGAACCUCAAGCAAAGUCCAGUUGCCUUUGUAUAGCUUUUGGAAAUAAAGGUCAAAUGUAGACAUUUCCCGAUGCAGAACGAAAGGCACAAUACAAUAAAUAUGUUCUCUUUUUUCUCUUUGGAGCGCCAUUUUCUAAAUGACAACAGUCACUUCCUGUGGAAUUAGAUACAUCACUUUGUCAAGCUUCGUAUGUAUGCAAUUUCAAUUCCCCGGUCAAUUCCCCAAACCCUUUAUGUUUUAAGUUGUCCAUUGAACCCUUAACUGAAUCCACCAGUCAACUAAUAAGAUUUGUUGCUGUGAAAAGAGGCCCCAGUCAGGGUUGCCCCCUGUUCUCCCUUCAUUUCUGUUCCAGUAAACUCAACAGUAAUGUGAGAGCUCAUGUGUUGUUCCACCACAGACUCUACAGUUCACCCAAACUCUCCACAUGUUACUGACUCACUCAGAAUACUUAUCCUUUGGGGGGUCCUGGGGGAAUCCCGUUUCCUGUCACUAACUUAACCUCAGAUAUUUUCGGGACAUUUAUAAGACGAACCUUCGCUGGUGUAAGACGAAAAACCCUUCAUAUUUCUUUUUUUCUCCCCCAAACAAUACACUCCCCCAACAAUUACACAUUAGCAUUUGUUGCUGUUGUAAUAAUAUGCAGAGAGCAAGCAUCGACGGAGACUGCAGAGUCUAUUUUUGCUAAGGGUUAUAGCAGCUCCCUUAUUUUAAUGUACAACACCCAGAGGACAUAUUUCAACUGUGCAUUUUCAGAACUUGUGAAAUAGCGAAUCAGCCGGUGAAACCGAAACUCCACAGAUGUUUAUUUUGAAGCACUAUAUUUUGUAAUCAGAUCUAUUUUGGUGACAGGAACAGAUAUGUGUACAGAAAUGCGCAUGUAUUUUAUUCUCACUGUGUCACACUUGUACAAUUCCAGUCUGAGACGACAGAACCGUGUUUUAGUACGACAAUCUUUUACAGAAAACUUGAUCGCUGCAAAAUAUCUA